CCUAAAUAUAAGAGACUGGUCAACGUUCUAGUUCUAAUUCUAGUUGGAUGAAAAAUGGCGGACGCAGGUUGCAUUCCAUUUAACGCUUGCAAUGGUCGCAGCGUUACUAACCAAACGACGAGCGAUGCGUAACAUAUCGCGAUGCGUAACGUAUAUAAAUAUUAUUGCAGUAAUUAUAAAUAAGUAAUAUGUAAUAUAUAGAGAUAAUGACGGGUUGUAGCAUAUUGGGGUGUAAAAACAGAACCGAAGGCGGAUUUAUAUUAAUUGGUUUUCCAACAGAUCCGCAAAGAAAAAUGUUAUGGUUACAGUCCAUUGGAAGAGAAAAGUGGCAACCAAAUAAGUCAUGUAUUUGUGAAAUCCAUUUUGCUCCAAAUAUGUGGGAGAAACCUCGACAAGAUGGUACGAAAAAAUUGAGAAGAGAUGCCAUACCAACUAUUUUUCCUAUUUAUGAAAAACAGUUACCUGAAACAACUAAUAUAUUUCUCGAUGAACAUGAAUUACAAGUACAGAAAUUACGAACCACUGAAGGCGACAAUGAACACAUUGAAAAAUCCAUAAGCAUUGAUACAGAUAACAGUCAAUUUGAAGAUAAUUCUGUAUUGUUUUCUGGCAGUUUUCAAUCAUAUGAUCAACUGAAUGAUUCAGCAACAUCAUCAUGUAAUACAACAGCGUUUACAUUGGAGCGUGCUGUUGAAGAAAUACAUUUGUUACAACAGAAACUAGAAGAUAGAGGUAUACAGGUAAAAGAAGCAAACGAAAAAUUUACGAAAUUACAAAAAGAUCAUGAUAAGUUGAAACACUCGAACAAAAUUCUCAUGAAUCGUGUUAAAAAAUUCAGAAGCACGCAUAAACUGCGACUAGAAAAAACGAUUCUACAUAAAGUGUUUAACGAUAAUCAAAUUCGAUGGUUACAAUCAGAUUCUAGUAAGCGACGCAUUAGUAGUUGGUCAAAGGAAACUAUUAAGAAAGCUCUUCGCAUAAAAGCUUGUUGUACCAGUAGUGGUUAUGCGCAGUUGAUUAAAGAAAAUAUUCCGUUACCUUCACUGCGUACCUUAAGAAGAUCUGUUGAAGGUUUGGAUUUUUCCUCUGGAAUAUUAGGCAACGUUUUUGACGCUAUGAAGGAAACAAUUAGACAGUUUACAGACUACAGACAUUACGAUUGCAUGCUUGGCCUUGAUGAAGUAGCUAUAACACCCGGUGAACAAUUUGAUUCUUGUACAAAUUCACUUAUAGGAAAUUCUACUAUUCCUAACAGUCGUGGUAAUUCCUGCACAAUUCAAUUUGUAACAAUAUAUAGGGUAAAUGAUAAUUGAUAAUUGAUAAUUGAUCAUUUGGUUUCAUUAGCUACUUCACACACUUUUAAGGAGAAAACACUACAGCUACGCAUGGCUUGGUAUUUAUGCUUGCUGGCAUAUUUCAUCGGUGGAAGCAAGUGGUAGCAUAUGAAUAUACUCCUGGUGGCUUUAAUAGUGCACGUUUAAAACCUAUUAUAGAAAUAAUCAUUAAAAAGGCUGAAUCAAUAGGUCUUCGAGUACACAGUAUUACAUCCGAUAUGGGAAGUACUAAUCAAGCUAUGUGGAGAGCUUUCAAUGUUGGUUUGCAUAGACAUUCUACAAUACGAAAUUCUGUACCUCAUCCAAUGAAUAAUACUCGAAAGUUAUAUUUUUUUGCUGAUAGCCCACACCUUUUAAAAAAUCUCAGAGCCGCUAUUAUUAAUAAUAAACUGAUAGCAUUGCCAGACAAAUUUGUUCAAACUCAUAAACUAUCAUCGUGCGUUGUUAAAUUUUCGCAUUUGGAAGAGUUGGUACAAGAACAAGAAAAUUUAGAUAUCAAAUUAGCUCCUAAAUUAAACAAAGAAGUCAUUAUUCUAACGCGAUUUAACAAAAUGAGAGUAAACAAAGCACAUAAUAUGUUGAGUACACACGUAAGUAAUGCUUUGGAUUAUCUAAGUGAAGAACGUCAUAAAAAUGAAUAUUUAACUACAGCGAGAUUUAUUGAAAUUGUUUCCAAAUGGUUUGCUCUGAUUACUACGCACGAUGAAAUACUUGCUUUAAGAAAGAAACCUGGAAAUGAGAAAUCAGAAGAAACAUAUACACAAACCAUAGCAUUUUUGAAAUCAUAUAUUGAUUUAUUUUGCGAAAUGAAAGUAGGAAACCAAGGUGUAUUCAAACCCGUACAAACUGGCCUUAUUAUAACAACCAAAUCUUAUAUCGAAGUAGCUGAGUAUUUAAUUAAAGAACGCCAUUAUUUAUACGUAAUAGGAGCUCGUUUUUCUAACGAUUUUGUUGAAAAUCUCUUUUCAAAUAUUAGGAAAAAAUUUUCCACACCGAACGCACUGCAGUUUAAACAAAGUUUAAAAAUAUUCACUGUUUCUCAGUAUUUGCAAAACCUAUCAAACACUAAUUAUAAACAAGAUAGUGGUGAUUUGUUGGCUGACUUUUUAAAACGUCCUAUGCGACAACGUGUAAAUAAAGAAUGUACACAAAUGCUUGUAAUUCCACCUGAAAUUGAAACCAAAAUAAUGAAAUUAGAUAAUCUGGAAUUAAAUUCAUUAUAUUAUGUA